AUGAUAACAUACGGGACCCGUCUUACGCUCAAUUUGUUAUGCCUUGGACGGUCGUUAGCGUACAGAAGGGUGAAUUUGCAGUGAAUUUGUAUUGCAUGACUUGCAUUUAGAUUUAAGUACUUAAAAGGGAAGCGCGCUAGGUAUUAGACACACGAGCCCAAGCAUCCCGCAUAGCGUGAAGGGCUGCUCGUCGCGUGGUGGCGCUUGCAGGACCGAAAGAAGUGGUCUUGCGGGGGCUCGCUCGCCGGGCUGUGUAGUGCGUAUGUAACCAAAGAAGGUGGAUCGGGUGGCUCUUACUCUUCUGUGCGUCUGCCUGAGAAGUUCCUCUCCGGAAUUGUCGAAAGGGAGGGCGACGCCUGAUGAACACACGGGCACUAGUUCAACAUGUAUGCCCUCACGAGUUGUGGUUGGCUCGGCUUGGACUUGGAUAUCUGGGAGCAGCCUCAGGUGGAAGGGGAGGCACGAUUCGGCCGCGGACGGUAGCUUGCUUCGCCUGCUGUGCUCUGCUCCCAACUCCCCAGGCGUGUUUUUGCCUCCGGAGCGAGGCCUUUUCGACGUGACCCCAAGGUCAGGAAUUCUCUUGGUGAAUUUAGCCCCAAAACCCGAAGUUUCUCGUGCGUUAGCGAAUUUUGAAUAG